GGCCAGGAUCACCAUGGCUCUUAAAAGGCUCUCCAGGUUUUUAUCUCUUGUUCAGUCUGCAACUUUGGUGUAUCUUCGAAGGAACAUUGGUGUUACAGCUGUUGCAUUUAACAAGGAACUUGAUCCUGUUCAAAAACUCUUUGUAGACAAGAUUAGAGAAUAUAAAUCCAAGAGACAAACAGCUGGAGGACCUGUUGAUAUAGGUCCUGAAUAUCAACAAGAUCUGGACAGCGAACUAUUCAAGCUUAAGCAGAUGUAUGGUAAAGCAGAUAUGAAUACAUUCCCAAUUCAAAUUUGAAGAACCCAAAUUUGAAGAGGCACCUAAACCCUCAUCUUGAGGAUUCACUAUGGAGUGUAUAUUGCUGUUUGAUUCUUUGUCAGGAAUUAGUUGUAUAACUAAUCAAUAGUAACAAUAAAUUUUAAUUUCACUUUCA